UGAUUACUGCAUAUAUAGCGCUGUCUCUGUCACUCGAUCACAGGCACUUAUCGUAUGACCAUUCCACUGAGAAUCUUAUUCUUGAUACAAUAGUUUUCGAGAUGUUUCUGUUGUUUGGCAGAUUUUUCUUUCUCUUGAGUUGCUUUCUAUGUGAAAUGCUGCUGAGAGGACAAUGCCAAGUACAUUUAAGAAACACAAAAAUUGACUUCAGGAGGAUGGUGGAUAAAAACCAGAUAAGAGAGAACCUAAGACGAUUCACAGAACGUCCUCACCCCGUAGCAUCCAUAGGCGAAGAUCUUAUAACAAACUACAUCCGGGACACGUGGCAGAGCUACGGAUUUGAAKUUGAGGAGCCUGAGUAUGAGAUUCUUUUGCAAUUUCCUCAAGAAAACAAACCAAACAAAGUAUCUAUCAUCAACAACCAUACCAAGGAAGUAGAGCACGAAAUAAUAGCACAGCUAAACGUAACUGCAGGUCGUGGACACAAUGGAACGAUCUACAAGUACACACCUUACAUGUCUUUUGUCACUGCUGGUACCGUGGAAGGCGAAUUGGUAUUUGCAGGUAGUGGAUGGCCUUAUGAUUUACAACAGCUGAGUAAUAAAAACAUAUCGCUGAAAGGAAAGAUUGUAAUCAUCCAAGAUACGCUUUCAUACUUUCCGUAUCUCGAGAAAGAGGGUGCAAUUGGCGUGAUUGCUUACACCGGACCUAAGUUCCACGCAUUCGAGGGAACAGGAGUUAAUGACACCUUUCCAAACAAGCCUUGGUUACCAGGAGAUGGUAUUUUUAGUAGCAGAGGAGUUUACUUUUAUGGAGAUCAAACUACCCCACUGUUACCAACAACGAUUGGAAUGAGACUUCAGAAUUUAAAUGAAACUGGCCGUACGCUAUCAAUUCCUCUCCAAACAAUCUCUUAUGACGAUGCUCGUUAUUUACUGACUCGAAUGCAAGGAGAAAUAGCGCCAGCCAGCAUGAGAGGCAUUUUGGAUAUAGAUUACAGACUUGGACCAGGUUUAAACAGAACCAAUAACAAUUCMGCUCCAGUUGUCAGACUUGAAGUCAACAAUCAGUACGUUAAAAAGAAGAUACGUAAUGUCAUAGCAACAAUCCCUGGCUCAGAAGAACCUGACCGAUAUGUUCUUAUUGGUAACCACAAAGAUGCGGAGUUCUUUGGAGGCGUUGACGCUUCGAGUGGAACGGCAAUACUGAUGGAGAUAUCUAGAGUCUUGUGGAACCUUACGCAAAGUGGAUGGAGACCAAGAAGAACAAUAAAGUUGUGUAGCUGGAGUGGAGAAGAGGACGGCUUAAUGGGCUCGACUGAAUGGGUGCAAGAAAACCUCAAGCUCCUUAAGAAGAGAGCUGUAGCUUAUUUAAAUACUGACCCUAGCAUAAUGGGUACAGAUCUCUUAAAUGUUCAGGCUAGCCCCUUAUUAGGUGACGUUAUCCUAAAUAACGCCAGAGAACUUCAACAUCCAGCCAAUAAUUCAAUUACAUUAUUUGACAGCAUGGUUAACAGCCUGCCGAAAUCAAAGGAUUACCCAGGCGAACCACAUAUUUAUAUCAACAACCAACACGCAUCAGACCAUGUUCCAUUCUUGCAUUUGCUAGGUCUUUCUGUGGCGGAUUUCGCGUAUUUCCUUACAUACCAUGAUCAAAAAAUUCUUUUUCCCGCUUAUCACACUCAGUAUGAUACUUUUGAAUAUUUUGAAAGGUUUUGUGAUCCAAACUUUCUUUAUUCAAGGUUAAUGGCAAAGCUUUUAGGGGGUAUACUGCUUGAUCUAUCUGACUCCGAGGUUUUGCCGUUUAAUGUGACAAGAUUUGCCAAAUCUGUGCAAAAUGCUUUAGAAACCCUAAAAAUGUCAAGAGGAAUUGCACUACGACUCGACCAGCAGCAAAUAGCAUAUCUGGAACUGGCAGUUGAAACACUUGUAAAUAUGACCAAAACGUUUGAGUCUGCAAAAUCUAGGCUCACAGGUCAGCAGACAAAUCCUAUGGUUUUGCGCAUGCUCAAUGAUCAAAUGUCGGGGUUAGAGAAAACAUUUUUUACUCCGAAUGCCAUGAGAGGUUUGCUAGGCGAUAUGAAUGCAAAGAUCGCUAAAGAGCUUUCUCAGUCCUAUCAAUCAGAUAAUAUGUUGUUAAUUAGAGAACAGUUCAACAAUUUUGGUAGGAUCGCAUAUAUGGAGAAUCUCACGCAAAAAGAGAAAGACGAGUAUUUUAAGUUUGAAAUGUCGUUGAUAAUCCAAGCUGUCAGAGAAGCAACUAAGCUGCUUAAACCACUAAAAUAGAUAGGAUCUGCCUGCAUAGGUUGCCUUUUAUCGAUAAAUAUGUAUCGCGCCUUCCAGUUAAAAGUGACGGCUCACGUGAAGUAAUAUAAUGCUAAAAUAACGAAUGAUUUAAAUUUGUGUUUCGCUACAC